AUGGAAGGCGCGGCUGUGAGCGUGGAGCCCGCGGGCCCCUCUUGCUGGGACGAGCCGCUGCGCAUCGCCGUUCGCGGCCUGGCCCCCGAGCAGCCGGUCACGCUGCGCUCGGCCCUGCGCGACGAGAAGGGCGCGCUCUUCCGCGCCCACGCGCGCUACUGCGCCGAUGCCCGCGGCGAGCUGGACCUGGAGCGCGCGCCCGCGCUGGGCGGCAGCUUCGCCGGGCUCGAGCCCAUGGGGCUGUUCUGGGCCAUGGAGCCCGACAGGCGCUUGUGGCGGCUGACCAAGCGGGACGUGCAGACGCCGUUCGUAGUGGAGCUGGAGGUGCUGGACGGCCACGACCCCGAGCCGGAGCGGGUGUUGACCCGCGCGGUGCUGGAGCGCCACUUCCUGCCGCCGGGGGUGCGGCGUGAGGCGGUGCGCGCGGGCCGGGUGCGGGCCACGCUCUUCCUGCCGCCAGGACCUGGACCCUUCCCUGGGGUCAUUGACAUCUUUGGUGUUGGAGGGGGCCUCAUGGAAUAUCGAGCCAGCCUUCUGGCUGGCCAUGGCUUUGCCACAAUGGCGCUAGCUUUUUAUAACUUUGAAGAUCUCCCUAAGAAAUGUGACAGCAUAAACCUGGACUACUUUGAAGAAGCUCUGUGCUACAUGAUUGAACACCCCCAGGUCAAGGGACCAGGCAUUGGGCUUCUGGGUAUUUCUCUAGGAGCUGACAUUUGUCUCUCAAUGGCUUCCUUCUUGAAGAAUGUCUCAGCCACUGUUUCCAUCAAUGGAUCUGGGUUCAGUGCAAAUAUACCCAUACACUACCAACAGACCAGCAUCCUACCAUUGGGUCAUGACCUGAGGAGAACCAAGGUAGCAUUCUCAGGCCUUCUUGACAUUGUGGAUAUCCGGAAUGAUGUUAUAGGAGGGCAUGAGCAUCCCAGUAUGAUUCCAGUAGAGAAGGCCCAGGGACCCAUCCUGUGCAUUGUUGGUGCGGAUGACCACAACUGGAGGAGUCAGUCAUAUGCUCAGUUAAUCUCAGACCGGCUACAGGCACAUGGAAAGGAAGGCCCCCAGAUCAUCGCCUAUGCUGGCACUGGGCAUUACAUUGAGCCUCCUUUCUUCCCCAUGUGUCCAGCUUCCUUGCACAGACUACCAAACAAACCUGUUCUCUGGGGUGGGGAGCCCAGAGCUCAUUCUCUUGCCCAGGUAGAUGCCUGGAAGGAGAUAAUAUCCUUCUUUGGCAAAUACCUUGGAGGUGCCCAGAUGAGACCUGCCCCUAAACUGUAAUGUAUUUUGUCUAAUGUUGACUUGGGAGACUCAAGGUUGAAUUCAAGCAUUCAGUAACUGUAUGUGAGUCAUUUGUCUAUUGC